AGAUCCGCGAAGCCUUCAAGGUGUUCGACCGCGAUGGCAACGGCUUCAUCUCCAAGCAGGAGCUGGGCACGGCCAUGCGCUCCCUGGGGUACAUGCCCAACGAGGUGGAGCUGGAGGUCAUCAUCCAGCGCCUCGACAUGGACGGUGACGGGCAGGUGGACUUUGAGGAGUUUGUGACAUUGCUGGGGCCCAAGCUCUCCACCUCGGGCAUCCCAGAGAAGUUCCACGGCACCGACUUCGACACCGUCUUCUGGAAGUGUGACAUGCAGAAGCUGACGGUGGACGAGCUGAAGCGGCUGCUGUACGACACCUUCUGCGAGCACCUGUCCAUGAAGGACAUCGAGAACAUCAUCAUGACGGAGGAGGAGAGCCACAUGGGCACGGCCGAGGAGUGCCCCGUCGAUGUGGAGACCUGCUCCAGCCAGCAGAUCCGCCAGACCUGCGUGCGGAAGAGCCUCAUCUGCGCCUUCGCCAUCGCCUUCAUCAUCAGCGUGAUGCUCAUCGCCGCCAACCAGGUGCUGCGCAGCGGGAUGAAGUAACGGGGCAGCCCCGCCACAGCGACAGCGACAGCGACAGCGAGGAGGAGACACCUAUAAAUAUCUAUAAAUAUCUCUAUGUCCAUCCAUCUGUGGCCCAGAGACGUGACCCCCCCCGGGCGGGGGGCGGCCGAGGGGACAGAGCCGCGCCGGGGCCCCGCCGUGCCGGGGCACAGCACGGAGACUUUGGCACCGACACACCGACCCCCCCUCGCCAGACACAAUCCGACCCGUGAGUGCAUGUGACGUGCAUGGAGCCCCGUGAGCCCCCUCCCGCGGCGGAUCCCGUCGGAUUCUCCGCUCUAGCGUUAGAGCUCGUAUUUAGGAUAAACCAAAUCAUCCCCUAAGCAAUACACGCGCCUGAGAUGGUUCCUAGAGCCGGGAGCGUUUGCAUGGACUUGGCUGCCAAGGGCUGGAUUCCACCCCCCCAGAGCCCCUCCCUGUCCCCGCGCCUCGGUGCGGGGACAUUCCUGACCUCCUGCUUGAUGCACUUUGAGCCGACCCCUCCUUGGGAAGAGCCGGAGCGACCCCGAGGCCGGGGAGCCCCGCACGCCCCGGAACCCCCAGCCUGUAUGUAGCACCCACCUGGGCACGGACUGGUUCGGAUUUGGGGCCGUUUCUCAUUCUUUAGAGUUUUUGGGGUUUUUGGGGUGGUGGUUUUGUUUUUGUUUUUUUGUUUCUGUUUUUGGUUGGGUUUUUUUUUUUGUUCUUCCUGGUUGGUUGUUUCCGAUCUGAAAUAAAACUGGGAUUUCUGAAGCGCUCUGGGCUCUGGGGGCUCCUGGAGAUGCUGGGGUGGAGGGUGAUGGGGUGGGGCCCUGGGAGCACCCGUGGGUGCUGCUGAGCCCUCCUGGCACGGGAGGUGGGCACUGGUUUGGGGGGCUGUGACCCCCAGACUCUGGGGGCUGGAGCAUCCCUAAACCUUGGGGCAGUGGGACCUGGCUCCUUCCCAGCAGCUCCCACAUCCCCCAGCCCACUCCAGCUGGGGAUCCUGCCACAGCUCCUGCCUCUUCCCAUGGAUCCCAGAGCUUUUAUCCCCCUCUCCAUGUC